AAUGAGACUACAACAACACUCCUUCAGUUUAAAGAACCAAAACCUCCCCUUUUCUCUUUGGAAAUGGUGUCUAUGGAAUUGCAAUGGUUGUCUUCUAUUCCAAGUUUCCCUUUGGUUUCUGCAAUAUUCACCCUGCUAGCGUUAUUUGGCUAUCUAUAUGGGCCCUAUUGGGGUGUAAGGAAAGUUCCAGGCCCACCAACUCUGCCGCUGGUAGGACACCUUCCUUUGCUAGCUAAGUAUGGUCCUGAUGUGUUCUCAAUUCUCGCCAAACAAUAUGGGCCAAUCUACAGAUUUCACAUGGGAAGACAACCACUAAUAAUUGUAGCAGAUGCAGAGCUAUGUAAAGAGGUAGGAAUCAAGAAAUUCAAAGACAUCCCAAACAGAAGCAUUCCCUCACCUAUUUCUGCCUCUCCACUUCAUAAAAAAGGUCUAUUCUUCACCAGGGACUCAAGAUGGUCAACCAUGAGAAACACCAUAUUAUCAGUAUACCAACCAUCACGCUUAGCCAACUUAGUCCCCACAAUGCAAUCAUUCAUAGAAUCUGCAACACAAAAUCUGGAUGACAUUGACACCUCAAAAGAAGACACAAUAAUCUUCUCCAAUCUUUCUCUUAGGCUAGCAACUGAUGUGAUUGGAGAUGCAGCAUUUGGAGUGAACUUUGGCUUCUCAACAAAGCCUCACUCAUCUUGUGAAUCAAUCAACACUAGUGUUGACAACAUGGUUUCAAAUUGCGGUACGCAAUUGCGGCCGCAUCAAUCUGUAUUUAUCAACAAUUCUGGGAUGCAGCGGCAACCACAAUUUAAAACCCCAGUAAACAACAAUGCAGCAGGUGCUGCUACUGAUGAUGAUGAUGAAGUUUCAGAUUUCAUCAAUCAACACAUUUACUCCACCACACAGCUUAAAAUGGACUUGUCUGGUUCCUUCUCCAUCAUUCUUGGUUUAAUUGCUCCAAUACUUCAAGAGCCAUUCAGGCAGAUUCUGAAGAGAGUUCCAGGUACCAUGGACUGGAAAAUUGAGCAAACUAAUCGAAAAUUGAGUGGUCGUCUCGAUGAGAUUGUGAAGAAGAGGAUGGAGGAUCGGAACCGGAGUUCGAAGAAUUUCUUGUCACUCAUUCUGAAUGCAAGGGAAUCAAAGACUGUUUCAGAAAAUGUGUUUUCACCUGAUUACAUUAGUGCUGUUACUUAUGAGCACUUACUUGCUGGGUCAGCUACCACAUCUUUUACAUUAUCAUCAAUUGUUUAUUUGGUUGCUGGGCAUCCAGAAGUUGAGGAAAAGGUGAUUCAUGAGAUUGAUGAGUUUGGUCCUCAUGAUAGGAUACCAACUGCUCAGGAUCUUCAUGACAGUUUUUCUUAUCUUGAUCAGGUGAUCAAAGAGGCCAUGAGGUUUUACACUGUCUCCCCACUGGUUGCAAGAGAAACAUCAAAUGAAGUAGAGAUAGGGGGUUACCUUCUUCCAAAGGGAACAUGGGUAUGGUUAGCACUUGGAGUUCUGGCAAAAGACACAAGGAACUUUGCAGAGCCAGAAAAGUUCAAACCAGAGAGGUUUGAUCCCAAAUGUGAAGAAAUGAAACGAAGGCACCCUUAUGCAUUCAUACCAUUUGGAAUAGGUCCCCGGGCAUGUAUUGGUCAGAAAUUUUCUCUGCAAGAGAUCAAGCUCACUCUUAUUCAUUUGUACCGAAAAUAUGUGUUUCGUCAUCCACUUAACAUGGAGAAACCUGUAGAACUGGAAUAUGGUAUGGUUCUCAACUUCAAGCACGGUGUCAAGCUUAGAGUCAUAAAAAGAACAUAGUGAACCUAGAUUGUUGUACUACUGAUGCAGUGAACCAGUUGAAAUUCUCUUGAACAUUGUGAUUAUAAGAAAGGCAAAAUAUGCAAAGCCAAGGCAUGUAAUUUGCUGGGAUAGAUCUAAGAAAACAAUCUUUUAGUUAGUAACUUCUACCUAUGUUUAUUAAACAAGAAAAAGAAAUGAAAGAUCUUUGAAUGUGUAUACAAAA